UUGUGUCGAAAUAUUUAAAUAUUUUAGCUUUUCCAAUAUGGCUGGUAAUGAGGCUGGAUAUGGUGCUAUUGUCAGAAAUAGAGAUUUGAUUGAUGUGUGGAUAGAAGCACCGAGAGGAAAUAGAAAACAGGUGGUUUAUGAAAAGAUAUUAUCUCUUAUUGAUAUAACAGAUGAACCUUCUAAACAUCUUAAAAGUAAUAUUAUGAAAUGCAGCCAGUUGUUUGGGUUGAAAAUGGCAAAUAAAUGGCAGAAAGUAGGACAAUCUCGGAAUCGACUUUUACAAAAUCAGGUAUAUUGGUUAGACAAGAUUAUAUAUAGAAUAAAUAAUGAUUCUGAAGAAAACACAUCUUCGGAUGAGGAACAAGAACCUCCUUGUCGCUCAGUUGGACGGCCACGGGUGCCAUUUGAAGAGGCAUCGAAGAAAACAAAACGAAGACGUGUAGCCGAACUAACCACAGACAGAUCUGCAAAUGAACUUCAAUUUGCUGUAAAUGUCGUUUCUGGAAGCAAUCACAGUGAGGUCUCGCCACAAAUUUUUAGUUUUAGUACAGCUGAAGCUUUAGCCCUUAUGGUAGAUUUGGAUAUAUCCGUAAGAAAGUAUUUGCUACUUAGGUCUGUUAUUAAUGAAGUUGAUUUGCAAGAACUUCUACAGAAAACAGCUGAAAGUAUCCUUGAAAUAAUAAAUUUUGAAGAGAGAGAUUGCCGGAUUAAAGUGAUAUGCAAGUGGGGAUUUGAUGGCAGUUCUGGGCAUAGCCAAUAUAAGCAGAAAUUUUCUGAUUUAGAAAACACCGACGAAUUUCUGUUUCUUGUAGCAAUGACGCCACUCAGAUUGAUUGAUAUGGAAACGAAUAAGGUAUUGUGGAAAAAUGAGAGCCCUUCAUCUACUUUAUAUUGUAGGCCGAUCAAGUUUUUAUUUAAAAAGGAAAAUGCUGAUUUAGUGCGGAAUACGGAUUCCUAUUGA